AUGCCAUUGCGAUCGAUUUCGGAGGAAAUAAACCCCCACAAAUUUCGAGUGGUCAUUGUCGGCGGCUCGAUUGCUGGCCUGACUCUUGCCCAUGCUUUAGCUGCCUACAGCAUUGACUUUGUCGUUCUAGAGGCCCGCGAGGAAAUCGCUCCAAAUGUUGGCGCAAGUAUUGGCUUCACCGGGAACUCCCCCCGGAUCCUGGACCAACUUGGUGUGUGGGAUGAACUCGCGGAACUCGCGACCCCUAUAAUCAAUAACUAUGCUUGGAACGAUAAAGGCCAUCUGCUUGGAUACACAGGAGCCUUCAAGCUAUCUCAAGUUCGCCAUGGAUACCAGGUCAUUUUCCUUAUGCGACAACAAGUACUGGACGUGCUCUGGAAUAGGUUGCCAGACAAGAGCCGUGUUCUAACUGGUAAAAAGGUGGUUAAGAUGCAGCAGACCUCCACAGAAGCGACUGUGCACUGCCUCGAUGGGUCUACCUAUACGGGUGAUAUCGUCGUUGGCGCCGAUGGCGUGCACAGUAUCAUUCAUCAAGAGAUGUGUCGACACAUGGAAAUGAUGCAGCUGGGUGAUUCAUUGCUAUCUGAAGAUAAGAGGAUGGUCACGCAAUAUCGCGGUGUCUUUGGUAUUUCAAACUCGGUUGCAGGGAUCAGAGAAGGAGAGAUGCACAAUGUCUUUGUAAAGGGGGCUUCUAUCCUUACUAUUGGCUGCAAGGACCAUGUGUUUUGGAUCGUUGGAGUCAAGAUGGAACGAACAUACUACGCUCCAGAAGCUGUUCGUUUCGAUCAGUCGCAACUGGAAAAUGACCUUGCUUUUUUGAUGAGCAAAUACGUUUGCGCAGGAGUUCAGUUUAAGGAGGUAUAUCAACGAACUAUUAGAUGCAGCCAUCUACCUCUUGAAGAAGGUAUAUUUGAGCGAUGGAAUUGUGGAAGGGUGGCUUGUAUAGGGGAUUCGGUCCACAAGAUGACUCCAAAUCUCGGCCAAGGAGGAUCUUGCGCUAUAGAAGACGCCGCAACCUUGGCCAACGCAAUAAUAGAUAUUGUGGAAAGCCCAGAAAAACAGCAGCUUCCAAAUAUCGAAAGCAGAUUGGACUCCUGGGCAACUGUUAGCAAACCCAGAAUGAGGCUUAUAUGUACACUAUCAGAGAUGGUGAUUCGGAUGCAAUCGCUAGAUAAUGUGGUCUAUAAGAUUACUGGCCCAAUCUUUUCCAAAUACUAUAUGGACGCUUUUGCAGAUCUCAUAUCGGACAUGGGUGUGGGUGGAGAAUGUAUAUCGUUUCUACCUCUACCCAAACGUCAAAGCACCGGGACAAUGCCAUUUGGGAAGCGACAUUAUAUCGGUGCCCCGAUUAUACCAUCCGGCCGUCUAUUUUGGACCAUCCCGCUUAUGAUUUGCUUCUCCUUGAGCAUUAUUAUGUCUCCCGGAAAGGCCCCAGCUUCGAGCCCCUGGGACGUUUAUUCUGCGUUUUCAGAUCUGGGAAUUUUCCAGGCCAUCUGGGCCAUGGAGAGCGCAAGGUUUUGCAACGCCAUAACUUUUAUGAGCUGGUAA